UUCUUUAUUCUGAGUAGCGACACACCCAGCUGAAAGUCCAGGUUCAAUCUUUAUGGAAGGAGAAGAGAAUGGACGCUGGGAGAAGCUGGCAGUCUCUUGUCACGAGACACACGGACUGGAUUUGAAUGUGUGGAUUCGUUUUGUUUCUUUAGCAGAUAUUUAUUAACUGUCUUCUGUGUACCUAGACAACAAGAAAGCAGAGAGGAAACAGAUUCAGCCUCCGUGCUCAAGAUGCUUACUGUCUGCAUAGGGAGACAGACGCUAAUCAAAUGCACAUACAAAUUGUAUAAACUCUGACAAGUGCUGUAAGGAGGACACUGUGUGCUUAUGAAAGAGGAAGAUGAGGAUUUGCUCAAGCCUGGGGGUUGGGAAUGGGCAGAGAAGUGACGUUUGAGCUGAGAGCUGGGGAAUGAGUGGAAUGAACUAGGCCACGGUGGAAGGAAGAAUGUUCCAGACAGAAGGACGAGCAUGAGCAGAGCAAGGCUGGAGGCAGGAGUGAGCUCUAAGAAGAACUGAAGGAAGCUUGUCCUCUUGGAGCAAGAGGAAGAGGAAGUGACCAGAUUCACUACUGGAUACUACUUACAAGCCAAGCCUUAGAUACUGUCUGGAGAAUAGUAAAGGCUUCCUUGAUGUUAGCCAUUUCAUUUCUAGCGGCCGCCCUCUGCUAUUUCAAGAGCCUGCAUUUAUAUUUAGGGCAUCGGCUGAAAUGGUGGAUUGGAUAUCUGCAGAGAAAAUUCAAAAGGAACCUCAGUGUGGAGGCAGAAGUUGAUUUACUCAGUUAUUGUGCAAAAGAAUGGAAAGGAGAAACCCCUCAUGCCAAGCUGAUGAGGAAGGCUUAUGAGGAGCUGUUUUGGCGGCAUCAUAUUAAAUGUGUUCGACAAGUCAAAAGAGAUAACUAUGAUGCUCUAAGGUCGGUGUUAUUUCAGAUAUUCAGCCGAGGCAUCUCUUUUCCAUCGUGGAUGAAGGAAAAAGACAUUGUUAAGCUUCCUGAAAAACUGCUGUUUUCACAAGGUUGUAAUUGGAUUCAGCAGUACAGUUUUGGUCCUGAGAAGUAUACAGGUUCGAAUGUGUUUGGGAAAUUACGUAAAUGUGUGGAAUUACUAAAAAUACAGUGGACUGAAUUUAAUGGAAUUAAAGAUUAUCACAAGAGAGGAAGUAUGUGCAACAUCCUCUUUUCUGAUGCCAUUCUGGAAUAUAAACUCUAUGAAGCUUUAAAGUUCCUCAUGCUGUAUCAAGUCACUGAAGCUUAUGAACAAAUGAAGACUAAUAAGGUCAUUCCCAGUCUUUUUAGGCUCCUGUUUGCCAGGGAGACAUCGUGUGAUCCUUUGAGCUUCAUGAUGAACCAUCUGAAUUUUGUGGGUGACACCUGUGGACUAGAGCAGAUUGAUAUGUUUAUACUUGGAUACUCCCUUGAAGUAAAGAUAAAAGUGUUCAGACUGUUCAAGUUUAACUCCAGAGACUUUGAAGUUCGCUACCCAGAGGAGCCUUUCAGGGAGUGGCCAGAGGUCCCCCUGCUGACCGAGAACGACCUCCACUACCACAUUCCCGUCUUCUAGGUCUGCCGGGGCUGCGCAGUGGCAGUGGUCCUACUUGAAAGUAAAGUAUAUCUGUAAAACCUAAGCUAGCAUUUCAGCCGUGGAAGGAAUUGGGACCUUUUUCUACAGAAUCACAGGUACUAUGUGUCCUGGAUGGAGCAAUACCCAGAUUGUUUUCCUGUAUUUUUGGAUGAUCUCCACCAGAGCAUCUGUGCUGACAUCGGGAGUUGGCAAUUUGAUCUUGUCCACCAGAGAUCUGGUCACUUGAUGUGAUGGCAGGCCUUUAAGGGCACAAGGAAGUUUAAUAUGGACAACAAUGGGAGAAAAGCAAGAAGAAAACAAGUAGGGAAAAAUGGCUAAUAGGGAGGGAGUUUUUCUCUGGCCUUUACGUUCAUCAUGAAAAAUUUUGUCAUGGACUGAUUUUAGAUCAUCAUAAACUUGGGCUUAUUUUAUAAGCAUUACCUUCCCACAGGUCUUUGGUAUAAAUUUUCUAGAACCAUUUGAUUAACUUUAAAAUUAUGUGUAUGUGUGUAUAUAUUCAUAUGUAUGUUUAUAAAUACGUGUAUACAUGUAUAGUUUAUGUAUAUAAUAUACACACAUGUAAACACACAAUCACUACUUUUAAUGUUUUCUACAGUUCAUUUUAUAUAUCUACAUUUUUUUUUGUUACUGUUACAUCUGGCCAGUUGAUUUAGAAAAAAACAAACAUUCUAUACAUUAAAGCAACUGGAUGACAGUUAAUGAACUGUCAUAAAAAUAUUAAAUUAUGGUCUAUUUAAUGUGUAUUUAAUGUGCAGAAUCUCAUUAUGGUAGGCAGAAUACUUGCCCCCACUAAAGAUGUCUUCGUCCUAAUCCUCAGAGGCUGUGAAUAUGUUGGGUUAAAUGGCAAAGGUGGCAGGUGGAACUAAGGUGCUAAUGCACUGACUUUGAACUAGAAAGACUUGUCUGUACUCAUUAGGUGGGUCCCAUACAAUCGAAAGGUCCUUAAAAGUGAAAGAAGGAAUGCGGACAGUGUCAGAUGCAGAAGGAAAUGUGACAUACAGAUGCACCAUUGCUGGCUUUGAAGAUGGAGGAAGGCCCUGAGGCAAGGCGGGUGGACAGCCUCCGGAAGUGAGAAAAGUCAAGGAAACAACCUCCCCUAGAGCCUCUGGGAGGAACACAGUCCUGCCAGCACCUUGACUUUGGUGAAGCCCAUGUCAGACCUCUAUCCUACAGAACUGUAAGAUAACAGAUUUCUGUUUAAGCUGCUAACUUUGUGGCAAUAUGUUACAUACAGCAGCAGCAGAAAACUGAUAUUGUCAGGCUAGCUCAUUUUUUGGUCUUUAUUUUGGAAGUACUUUU